GCUGCUUGGUGGCGCUCCGUGUGUACGGCGUACUCGCAUGUGUAAAAUCAGCUGAUCGGUGCGAGGCUAAUCAUGCUGGUAUUUUAGCUACUUUGCGUAAUUGCAUUGAUACUACAUACUUAAUGUAUAUAUUGUGUUAAUGUCAUGUGUAAAUAGUAACGAUAAGUUACAUGGACGGAAAAACAUCAGAUAAUUAUUGACUGACUGAUUCUUGUCAGAAGUGAGGUUAGGACUUAACCUCGCAGUGAAAGAGUGAACAUCUUAGGAAUAAUAAUUAUUGCAAUGUGAUUUUAUACUAUUUGCAAUUUCUAUAUCUAUAUUAGCUGUUUACAUUACAUGUAUAAUAAUAUUAAUUAUUAUCUUUGUGUGAAAGAUAAAUAUUAAGCGAAAUGCACAUGUUCAGAGGGUACGAUGACAUUAAGUGAUUUUGCACAUGAAUAACUGUAAUAAAAUUGUAAUAAAACUAUAUCGAUAUUGAAUAGUUUGUAUAAUGUACAAAAUUAAUAGUAACCAGAUAUAGAAUUUCAUCUUUGCAAGAUGCAUUGCGUGCGUAAGAUCUUGAACAUUGCGCAGUGUAAUUUCCAAGCGUACAGCAAAACUGAGUUUGCAGACACGGUUUGCAAACGGUCAGGAAUAUUGUUGCAAAACGUUGUUUGCCGUUUUAAACAUGAUUCCGGGGAGCAUCAGUCUUUUGAGGGAGAAGCGGAAGAGCACGAAUACACCGAGCUCUCCAAUUAUUGCUUAGGCACUGCAACCGGUGGACACAGGACAUUUAUUUUACAACCGUACAUAAAAUGGGGCAGAGACAAGAAAAGAAACACCUCGCCGGAGCUGCAGCUGGCUGAAGCAGUGGCGCUCAUAAACACCCUACCCAACUGGUGCGUGGUUGGAACAAAGUAUGCUCCGUUACUCACACUGCAGAGGAAGACACUGUUGGGUACCGGCUCGAUGAACGACUUGAAGCAGCAGAUAAGUCAGUGCGGCGACGUCUCUGCCGUAUUCGUCAGCACUAACAUGUUGAGAUUUCGUCAAAUUGCCCAGUUGAGGGAGAUCCUUGGCCUACCAAUAUACGACCGUUACUCCAUAGUCGUCCACAUAUUCCGCAGGCAUGCACAGAGCGCGGAGGCGAAGCUGCAAGUGACGUUAGCAGAGAUACCGUACAUCCGCAAGAAGCUGUUCGAGACGUGUGUCACUAAGAGCGGCGCGAUUAACGUGACGGAGAAGACGAAGCUGUUGCUCGACGGCAGGGAGAAGAGACUGAGGAGUGAGUUGAAAAGGUUGCAGCAGCACCGGCAGCUCAUCAGACGCAGCCGCAAGAAAAACGGCUUCCCUACGAUUGCCGUGAUCGGUUACACGAACGCGGGGAAAACCUCCUUGAUAAGAGCACUCACGGAUGACAGUUCGCUGCGGCCGAAAAAUAAAUUGUUCGCCACCCUCGACACGACCGCGCACCAGGGAAUUUUACUGAACAAAUUAAAAGUGCUGUACAUGGAUACUAUCGGAUUUAUCCAAGACGUGCCGGAGAGCCUGAUCGAACCGUUCAUUGUAACUUUGGAGGACGCCAUGAUCGCCGAUGUGAUAGUUCACGUGUACGAUGUUAGCCAUCCCGAUGUGAAAGCGCAGUAUCAACACGUCCAGCAAACGGUAAAACCAAUGAUAGACACGGAACGUCCAAUAAUCGACGUUGCGAAUAAAUGUGACCUGGUUACGAGCGACUGCAUACCCAAGGAUGUGAUUGCCGUUUCCGCUAAAAACUUGACAGGAAUUGAUCUGUUGCGCUUGAAAAUAGAGAAGAUCCUUUUGGCUGUCACCGGACUAUUGCGCACACGUGUAAGAGUAGAAUCGGGCAGUUCUGCAGCCAGCUGGUUGUACAAAAUGACAACGGUGAUAAACGCUCAACCGGAUCCGGAUAAUCCUCAAUAUAUGAUUUUCGAAGUGCUAGCUACUUCACUCGAUAUUCAAAAAUUUAAACAAUUUUUGAGACAAUAAAGUAGCUUACAUCGCACUUUGUCCACUGUAUUUCCUUUACGUUUCUUCAAAACUUGAUACAUAAAAAACAGGUUUAAGCGCGUGUAUGAUGUAUAAAAUAUUUUAAUAACAAAGUUGUUCCUUC